AUGGCCAAUGACAUUGAUGAACUUAUCGGCAUCCCCUUCCCCAACCACAGCAGUGAGGUGCUGUGCAGUCUCAACGAGCAGCGGCAUGCAGGGCUGCUGUGCGACGUGCUGCUGGUGGUUCAGGAGCAGGAGUACCGAACGCACCGCUCGGUGUUGGCUGCGUGCAGCAAGUACUUCAAGAAGCUCUUCACGGCCGGUAGCCUGGCCAGCCAGCCCUAUGUCUAUGAGAUUGACUUUGUCCAGCCGGAGGCGCUGGCCGCCAUCCUGGAGUUUGCCUACACCUCCACACUCACCAUCACCGCCUCCAAUGUCAAGCACAUCCUCAAUGCUGCCAGGAUGCUGGAGAUCCAGUGCAUCGUGAAUGUGUGCCUGGAGAUCAUGGAGCCUGGCGGCAACGGUGGUGAGGAGGACAAGGAGGAGGAGGACGAUGAUGAAGAUGACGACGAGGAAGAGGAUGAAGAGGAGGAGGAAGAGGAAGAAGAGGAGGAGGAGGAGGAGGAUGACACAGAGGACUUUGCUGACCAGGAAAACUUGCCUGACCCCCAGGACAUAAACUGCCCCCAAAGCCCCUCCAAGGCAGACCAUCUCACAGAGAAGGACUAUUCAGACACACCCAGGGACUUCCCCGACUCCUUCCAGCCUGGCAGCCCUGGCCAUCUGGGAGUGAUACGGGACUUCUCCAUUGAAUCUCUACUGAGGGAGAACUUGUACCCCAAAACCAACAUCCCUGACAGAAGACCUUCCUUAUCUCCGUUUGCCCCAGAAUUCUUCCCACACCUCUGGCCAGGGGACUUUGGUGCCUUUGCUCAGCUGCCCGAGCAGCCCAUGGACAGUGGGCCACUGGAUCUGGUCAUCAAGAACCGCAAAAUCAAGGAGGAGGAGAAGGAGGAGCUAGGCCCGCCCCCGCCCCCUCCCUUCCCUAGCGACUUCUUCAAGGACGUGUUUCCUGACCUGCCGGGCGGGCCCCUGGGCCCGGUCAAGGCAGAGAAUGACUAUGGUGCCUAUCUCAACUUCCUGAGUGCCACCCACCUGGGGAGCCUCUUCCCACCCUGGCCCCUGGUGGAGGAGCGCAAGCUGAAGCCCAAGGCCUCUCAGCAGUGCCCCAUCUGCCACAAGGUCAUCAUGGGGGCCGGGAAGCUGCCCCGGCACAUGAGGACCCACACCGGGGAGAAGCCGUACAUGUGCAGCAUCUGCGAGGUCCGCUUCACCAGGCAGGACAAGCUGAAGAUCCACAUGCGCAAACACACGGGGGAACGGCCCUACCUGUGCAUUCACUGCAACGCCAAGUUCGUGCACAACUACGACCUCAAGAAUCACAUGCGCAUCCACACGGGCGUGAGGCCCUACCAAUGCGAAUUCUGCUACAAGAGCUUCACCCGUUCCGACCACCUGCACCGCCACAUCAAGCGACAGAGUUGCCGCAUGGCACGGCCCCGGCGCGGCCGUAAACCUGCCGCCUGGAGGGCCGCCAGCCUGCUCUUCGGGCCAGGUGGUCCCACACCCGACAAGGCCGCCUUCGUGAUGCCACCCACGCUGGGCGACGUGGGGGGCCACUUGGGUGGCGCAGCCGUGUGCCUCCCGGGCCCUAGCCCUGCCAAGCACUUCCUAGCGGCACCCAAGGGUGCCCUGAGCCUGCAGGAGCUGGAGCAGCAGUUCGAGGAGACGCAGAUGAAGCUGUUCGGACGUGCGCAGCUGGAGGCCGAGAGGAACGCAGGUGGCCUCCUGGCCCUGGCACUGGCCGAGAACGUGGCAGCCACACGGCCCUACUUCCCACUGCCCGACCCCUGGGCCACAGGCCUGGCCAGCCUGCCUGGGCUCACCGGUCUCAACCAUGUGGCCUCCAUGUCCGAAGCCAAUAACUAG